GUCCCGUUUCCGUCGCGCUCCUGGGGCAGCGUCAGGUCCCAAGUGUGGCACAGGGAGAACUAGUCCAGUCUAGGCAGCCGGAGACCUAGGGCAACCAUCUUGCAUGUCUGGAAAUCACAAAUAAGGAUUGCAGCUGCUCUGACUGGUGUGUGGACCAAAUAUUAUUCAUCUGCCUCCAGACUGCCUAGUGACUCUGCUUCCACUCCCAUCCCUCUUACUGAAGUGGCUCUUGGGCUCAGAGAAGACAUUCACUUAGACUUCCAGAAGCUGGAGCAAGGAAAUGGACUCACUGGUCAUUGAGGAUGUAGUUGUAGUCUUUACCCAGGAAGAGUGGGCUUUGCUGGAUCUUGCUCAGAGGAAGCUCUACAGAGAUGUGAUGAUGGAAACCUUCAGAAACCUGGCCUCAGUAGUCUCUCGAAACCUUAAUGAUGAAAACAAGUUAUCCAGUGAGCAUAUAAUAGUGCGAUUAAUGAAUAAUUACACCUGGUCCUCCAUGUUAGAAGAAAUCUCUGAAUCACAUGGCAGUAAAGAUCAGCAUAACAACCAGUGGAGACAUUUGAGAAGGCAUACCGUAGAGAACCUCUGUGAAAGUAAUGAAGGCAAUCAGCGUAGAAAAGCCUUCAGCUGGAUUCCAAAUCUUACUGAGGUAAAAAUAAAGCCUUCAGAAGUAAAUCCUUAUAAAUGCUGUGAGUGUGGAAAAGCCUUCAAGGAUCACUCAUCAUAUAAGCAUCAUACCAGAUCUCACACUGGAUGCAAUACUUACCACUGUAAGAAAAGUGGAGAAGCCUACAGUUGUCCCUCUUACCUAAGCACUCCUAUGAGAACUCUUACUGGAGAAAAACCUUCUAAGGUAUGUGGGAGAGACUUCAUUUCUACCUCAACCCUUGAGAGUCCUGGGACAACAGUCACUGGUGAGAAACGCUAUGAAUGUAACAAAUGUGGGAAAGAUUCCUGUAGUUUAUCAUCCUUUCAGACACAUCUGAGAGGUCAUAAGCAAGAAUGUAAAGAAUGUUGUAAAACCUAUGGUCGUCCUACAUCCCUCUGUUUACAUAAAAAAUUUCGUAACACAGGUAAGCCUUAUCAAUGUAAGGAAUGUGGAAAAGCCUUUAGAUAUGCCUCAAACCUCACUAAACAUAUAAAAACUUACAAUGGACAAAGGCCUUAUGAAUGUAAGAAAUGUAGAAAAACAUUUACUUGUUACUCAUUCCUUUCUAAGCAUUUAAGAAUUCACAGUGGAGAGAUGCCUUAUGAAUGUAAAGAAUGUGGGAAAGCCUUUAGUCUGUCAUCACGCCUCUCUCAACAUAGAAGAAGUCACAAUACAGAGAAGCCUUAUGAAUGUGAGGAAUGUGAGAAAGCCUUUAGUCAUGCCUCAUUGCUCACUCGACAUAAGAGAACUCACAGUGGAGAGAGACCUUUUGAAUGUAAGGACUGUGGAAAAGCCUUUAGUCAAUUAUCAUACCUCUCUAAACAUAGAGGAACUCACAAUACAGUGAGGUCUUACGAAUGUAAGAAAUGUGGGAAAGCCUUCAGUUGUUCUUCACUGUUUGCUAUACAUAAGAGAACUCACAGUGGAGAGAGGCCUCAUGAAUGUAAGCAAUGUGGGAAAACCUUUAGUUACGUCUCAGACCUCAGUAAACAUAAAAGAAUUCACAGUAGAGAGAGACCUUAUGAAUGUAAGGAAUGUGGGAAAGCCUUUAGUUAUGUCUCAGACCUCACUAAACAUAAAAGAAUUCACAGUGGAGAGAGACCUUAUGAAUGUAAACAAUGUGGGAAAGCCUUUAGACACGCCUCUAACCUCGCUAAACAUAAAAGAAUUCACAGUGGAGAGAGGCCUUAUGAAUGUAAGCAAUGUGGGAAAGCUUUUAGACGUGUCUCAGACCUCAAUAUACAUAAAAGAAUUCACAGUGGAGAGAGACCUUAUGAAUGUAAGGAAUGUGGGAAAGCCUUUAGACAGUCAUCACACUUCACUUAUCAUUUAAAAAUUCACAGUGUGAAGGCCUUAUGAAUGUAAGGAAUGUGAGAAUACCUUUAAUUGUGCCUCAUCCUUCACUACACAUAUAAGAACUCACAGUGGAGAGACAACUGUAUGUCCAAAGUGGGAUAUUUCGUUCUUACUGCUGUAAUUUCGAACAGCAAAUUUCUGAAAAUCUGCGGUUACAGAACAAAGCGAUAGUAACUGAAAGAAGGGAUCAUUAAAGCUACUUUGUGCCUUUGGGAGAAAUUACAGUUUCAUUGUAAAUGCAAGUCUGUCUUUGUCAGUGUUUGUUAUGUUCUCAGUUCUAGCUAAAUUUUACUUUAUUCUUUGGCUAUUAUAAAUGAGGCUGCAGGGAAUAGCCUUGAGCAACUGUUGUUUUAUAUUUUUUAAUGCUUUUAUUGAUUUUAAUUUGCAUGCAGUAAAAUACACUGAUCUGGUAUUUAGUUGCACAGUUGUUUGGUUUGUUUUCAUAUUUAGCAUGUUUCCUUCCGUUCUUUCCUACUGGAAAGUUAAUUUUUUGACCCUUAUAAUUAGUAAUUGUGGCAUAAUUGAUUAUUUUUGUGUGGCCUUUCUAGCCAUGAUCUUGUAACUCCUACCCAGGUGAUUGGCCAGGACUGUGCAGAUAGGGUAGUUGUAACCUACCAAGGG